UUUUCUCAUAUAAAACGAGGCAUUUCGUGGCUGCUCUCGUUAGUCAGUUUCCAUAGUUCAGCCACAAUGCAGCAGUCCUCGUUCCUCACAACUCUGUGCCUCUUCCUGAGCACCGUUCCGAUGGUAGUUUACAGCCAAAGCCAGUGCGGUUUAUGCCAAAACAAUAAUGUGGCCUGUGUGAAUGAGACCCACUAUCGCUUUUGUUUGGACAACGUCGAGCCUGGAGUGGUUUUGCCAUGUGGUGAUGGCGAGGUCUGCACGAGUGCAUUAAAAUACUGUGUCCCCAAGGGCCUCGCUGAUCCAACAUGCCCAAGCGGCGAGGGAUCGACGCCGAUCGAUUGCCCCAGCUGCACUGGCAGCUCACUGUUCGUCUGCACCAGUCGCACCACCUUCCAGAUGUGCGAUGGCACCACGUUGACCGAUCGUGUCAUCAAGUGCAACGAUGGCAAGUUCUGUUCGAUGAAGUCCGCUAAAUACUGUGUCAGCGAGUGCGAGCUGCCAGGCGAUAUUGAGUGCGACAGAGAAGCACCCUAAGCGCGGGUUCAAUCUAAGUUUCAAUCCCAAAGUAUCCAUUAAAUAAAUCAAUGAA